AUGUACAGGCCGACAAACGCGCACAUGGGGGUUCCGAACGUACCACCUGUAUUUCCACUGGGCGACAUUGCGACGCAGCUCACAAAAAUACGCACAAAGCACCAGCGAUCUUGCCGUAAAUCCUUUCGAGUCUCGCUGGAAAGUCUCCGAGGGGGUUCUCUCUCACGCCCGACGCUAUCGAAGGCGCACCUGAAAACGGAAAGGAUAAGCCCCAGUCUGGAUCUCCUUCCAAGAAUCGGAGAAGAAAAGGGGCGAGACGGGGAAGGGGGAACACUGGGGACCACCGCGAUGGGGGCCGCGGUGACUGUCAACCCCCGGAACAAGAAAAAAAUCCAGUAA